AUGGCACAGACACAGACACAGACGCAAAUUGCGACAGAGGAAAUUCACAAGAACGGAGGGUGGACGGGUUUUAGAACAACGCUGAGGAAGUGGAGGGAUGGCCUGAAGAAAGACAAGUCACUAUCAGGGAUACCCACGCCCACGCCGACACCACCACCAACAUCGUCAUCAUCUUCACACAGCUUAGCAACGGCACCCUCACCCACUUCGCAAAUCCCUCCUUCAUCUUCACCGCCCUCAGAUGCCCUCGCUCUCUUCAAGCCUACAACACAAACAUACAUCCACUCCCCCCUCGACAAGCGAAACAAAACCUCAAGCUCUUCAUCUUCAGCAUCCACGUUUCGGAGGUCAUAUCUGGGCUCAAUAAGGUACACCGCGCCCGCCGAUUACUUUUCCUUUGCCACAAACACUGUUGCAGCCAAUGGGGCAGCGAACGCCACGAGGUCAUUGAGGCCGACGUUUUCCAUUUCGAAACGCCGUUCAUCCGCCGUCCAACCGCUCGCCUCUCCAGCACCAUCCGCGCCAAGUCCAGUUGGUCACCAGAACCAACGGCAUACUUUCCAGUACACGACUGCCGCCGAACUUUCUGCGUUGAUGGGAGCCCAUGAGAGGGGUGGUUUGAUGGAUGUGGUGGAAGUGGUAGAGGUGAAGGAGUGGGAUAAGCCAACAGGAGAAGCUGAAGCCUGUGUGGAGGGAGGAGGAGAGAUCAGUAGCCAAAAGGCGGCGGAUGAGGGAGUAGGAAAGGAGUCCAGUCGAAGAGAAGAGAGUAGCGAUGGGGUAAAUAAACAAGCUGGGAAGUGUGAAAGUGAAAAACAAGGAACAGCAUGA